GCACGAGCGUGAUGUCGGCGAGUCUCGGCGUGCUUGUCCCGUAGCCGUCAGGCUGGUGGGAUCCAAUGCGAACGCUGCCGCACGGAGCGCUCCCCGCCUCGCCAUCGCCCCGAUCGCGUGCCUCGAAUCAUUAGCCGAGUGACGCCCAACUCCAACUCUGUCGCCUUCCACGCUGUCCUCUGCCCUGCCGCCCUCUCCCUCCCUCCUCCUCCUCCUCACGACUUACCUAAUCCACCCACCGCCCCAUCACACGCCUCAUCUUCGCCCGAGUCAUCAGUGAUGAGCUCCUGUUGCUCUCCGGCAAAAAGAUGCACGGAUUCUCGACCGUCGACGGCUUCUUGAGCGUGAAGGAAGGAGUGGAUGAGAUGAUAAAGUAUUUGGCGAACGAACCCUCGGUGGGGCUCUUCUUCGUCCAGCAGCAUGCCCAGACCUCCAUGCCCUACCUCCUCAACGUCAAGGACAAAGUUGUGGAAGAGAUUCAUGAGGUAACCCUGCAAACUGAAGACAUCGAGGAUUCUAUAUAUGUGGUGAGGUCAAUGACUGAAUACGGGCUUCCUAUCGCUGAUGAGAUGAUUAAGGACAUCAACAAGUCUCUACACAUCAUGUCAACAUCCCAACCAAAGAGGGGGUUAAUCCAAAACCCUAUAUGGGGAUUUCAGGCAGGCAGAGCUAGCUCAAGCACACGGUACCCUUUCAAUUCUAACAUCAGCAGUGGUCGGCAGAGUGGAGGAAGCAGCCGUAAUUAUCUUUCAGCUGUUUUCAGCUCGGCAAAGCAGAAAGCUGUGGGUUUCAGGUGGGGCCAACCUGGUACAGUGCCAAAAGGCCCCCAGAGCGAGCAACCAGUGUCAUCAUCAAUUCCACCACUGUCAGCAGUUAAUAUCGGUGCUCUCUCAAGUCUUCCAGACGUAGAAGGUGAGGAAUUGCCUUUGUCAAGCCAUCUCUCAGAUGAUCUACUUGAUGAAGCAGAUGCUGUUGGUGAAAGUCUGUAUAGUCAUGAUAUGUCAUCCAUGAAGGAAAUAUAUGAUAAGUUCAAAUCUGAACGAGAAGUUAAAUUGGAAGAAUGGCUUCAAGAGCCUGAGGAUUGCCAUAGGUUCUCCGGAUCUGGUUGUGGAUGAAGCAUCAUGGAAGAACGACCAAUUUCACUCUGUUAAUUUGUGUUUCUAGGAUAUUUUAUUUCGCAUAAACUGGCUUGUACUACUUGGCAAAAUUCAUCAAUCAAAAGGUCAAGCAUACAAACAAAACCAUUUUGAGUAUCUCAUGGCCAAGCCAUUAUCUCCUA